GAAAUUCUGAAACCUCGCCCGACGCUUCGGCGUUUUGUACCGUGAAUUGUAAAUUUUCGUUACUCUUAUUACUAUAAAAAAACCGCGGGAUCAGUGCUACUGUUGUAAUAUCUAACUUUGAUUGAGUAUGAGGUUUUACUCCUGAAACGAUUGACGGUGGUUUCUUACUUACAAAGUAAGCCGUCUUUCAACGAUUCAUUCAUUAAUUUUCAAAUGUACAGGUAAAGGAUGGCGUUACCGCAGAAUUACAAACAAGUGGCGAUGGCGUCGUCAAAUGUUGUUUCUAGCAAUCAACGAUUACGGGCUUCCGGUGCCAGCGGUAGUUCUAGUACAGGGAAAGAUGCGCAGACCCCUUUCAUUCAAACACCUCAUGGACAUCCUGGAUUUACCCCACAGAAAGUUGGAAAAAGCACACCGGCGGAUUCCAGGUUGCCAAAACCACCCAAGCCUCCAGAGAAACCAUUGAUGCCAUAUAUGAGAUACAGCAGAAAAGUCUGGGACCAAGUGAAAGCUCAAAAUCCCGAGUUAAAACUAUGGGAAAUAGGAAAAAUCAUCGGGCAGAUGUGGAGAGACCUACCGGAAGAUGAGAAAACUGAAUUCAUUGAAGAAUAUGAAGCAGAAAAGGUCGAAUAUGAAAAGAGCUUAAAAACUUACCAUAAUUCGCCUGCAUACCUUGCGUAUAUCGCUGCAAAAAAUAGGGGAAAAUCUGUGUUAUGUGCAGCUCAGCAAAAUAGCGAUGAUCGAGAAACUCAUGAGCGUUCCUCUGGAAGCAGUAAAAGUCAGGCAGCCCAAGACCGAAGGAUAGACAUUCAACCGGCGGAAGAUGAUGAUGAUCAAGACGAUGGAUAUUCAGUCAAACACGUUGCAUAUUCUCGAUUCGCCCGCAAUCACAGACUGAUAAAUGAGAUCUUUAGCGACACCGUUGUACCAGAUGUGCGUUCUGUAGUUACUACUCAAAGAAUGCAAGUUCUUCGACGCCAAGUACAGUCACUCACAAUGCAUCAGAAAAAAUUAGAAGCUGAGCUGCAGCAGAUUGAAGAAAAGUUUGACGCAAAAAAACGUAAAUUCGUUGAAGCUAGCGAAGUGUUUCAAGAUGAAUUAAAGAAACAUUGUAAGCCUGCAGUAGACGAAGAUGCAUUCAAUAAAAUGGUUGAGCGUCAAUACGAGUUAUUACGAAGAGACAGACAAAAAGGUACCGAAGAAAAUCGAUCUGAUGGCCCGGCUUCAAGCGAAUCAACACCGAAUUCCACUCCAACGCCAACUCCGGCCCCAGUUAGCGAAGAAUCACAACCUGAGAUUACAGACAGCGAACCAUCAGAUAAGAAAAUGGAUGUGGAUCAGCCUAUCGAAACGAAAAAGGAGACACUUUCACCGCCAUAUACAGAAGUAAAAACUGAAACAACAAUGCAAACAAAUAAUCACUCUCCACAGAGGUCUUCACCUGUGACAUAUCCGGGAGCAGUGAGCCCCAUCCAGCAAACAACCGUUACUACCGCUACAAGCGUACCCCCACCCCAGCCUUCUACUCCACCAGCCAUUGCUCCUGUACUUGUACCAGCACAGCCUCCACCACUGCUACUACAACAGCAACAUCACCAACAACAACAACAACAACAACAACAACAACAACAACAACAACAGCAACAACAGCAGCAGCAGCAGCAGCAGCAACAACAGCAGCAGCAGCAACUACCACCACCACCACCUCAGCCGCAACCUCAAACUCAACCUCAGCAACAGCAACAGCAACAGCAGCCUCAACCUCCUCCAUCGCAUACCCCCCAUCAACAAAACGUUCUUCCCAAUCAUUCGAUUCCUCCCCAUCAGAAUCACACUCUACCCUCUCAAGCGACACCUCCGCACAAUCAAAACAUGCCGCCCCAAACAAUGCCUUCCCAAAAUGCAAUGCCACCAAACCCUCACGUGAACUCAAUGAUACCCACCGGUCAGAGUUACAAUCAGCAGUAUCAACCGGCCGGAGGUCAACAAGCGCAAAAUGUUCCGUUGGCUCCAAGACCGCCACAUCCUUCUUAUGCGUAUUCUCAACAGCAGCCGUAUCAUCAACCUUAUCCUCAAUAUGCUCAUCCCUAUUAUCAAUCUUAUUCCCAGUAUGCUCCCCAUUCUAUGGGUAGACCGCACUCUCACGGCCCACACAGCCCUCAUAGUCCUCAUUAUCAUCCUCAAUCACCGCACAAUGUGGGAGAUGGCAAUUCAGGUUCUAAUGUUGGCUCUGAUUCAGGAGCUUCGUAUGCUUCGACACCUAUUCACGGCGACAGAGAUCGACCUCCCGAAAACCAGGCGGACAAUCAAAAAAUGGAUACAUCUGGAUCAGGAUAAAUCCACGAAGUGUCGAAUUUAGUUUGUAAGCUAUUUUCAAACAAAACAACCUUUUUAUUAAUAAUUGUAUUGGAGUGGUGUUUAGUUUCGAAAAACCUAUAACUGUAAGUAUUCAUGUUCCAUUUUUGUCAUUAUACUAGGUUAUUCUGAUUUAUGGUUAUAUAAUGUUGGCUACACACUGAUUAAUAUAGGUUGAAGUAAUCUAGUAUUUCAUCAUCAUUCACACCAUAAUGGAAGACUAGGUAAUGCUUUUAAAAACACGUAUGACCUAGCUGAUCUUUUCGUAGAGCGUUUAGAACGAUUUCUUAACAAUUGCUGAUUAUCAUUGGAACUGAUCAAUAUGGUAAUAGAAAUAAAGCUUACUCUAUAAAACUGGA